ACAAUCUUAACCUAUAACACCCAUAAAACGCCAAAAAACGCAUCAAUUUCGUGGUGGUGAAUCGUUUUGUGAAUAUUUUCUUGGCGUUUUAUCGAUUGAGGGGUUGUUUUAGUGCCAUCAUGUCGGAGGAGGAAAUAGAGAAGUUUGAGAUAACCGAUUUCGACAUAGAAAAUGAGUUCAACAUAAACCGUUCGCGACGGAAACAAACCAAACAACAACAAAUUUAUGGAAUUUGGGCUGAUGAUAGUGAUGAAGAAGAAGAUGCGAGACCUUCUUUUAAAUCUAAAGCUCAAAAAAGCUAUUCUGCACCUAUCGGAUUUGUUGCAGGUGGGGUUCAACAAUCUGGUAAGAAAAAAGAGGAAAUGAUUAAAAAAGAGGGUGAUGGUUCUGAUGAUGAUGAGGCGGGAACUUCUUAUGGUGUUAAAAAUAGUAGUAGUGAAUCAGAAGAAGAGGGAUUUUCGAAGAGAGGUUUUGGAUCUUCAAAAAAACAACCAACACAAGCGACUGUAACUGAAAUAACAGCCGAUAUCGCCGGAUUAAGAAGUAAAAAGGGUUUUGUUAAUAAUAAGAUGAAAAAUGAAGGAGUUGGAAAUUGGGAGAAACAUACAAAAGGAAUUGGGGCUAAAUUAUUACUUCAAAUGGGUUUUAAACCAGGGAAAGGUCUUGGGAAGGAUUUGCAAGGUAUUUCAACUCCUGUUGAAGCACAUUUAAGAAAAGGUAGAGGAGCUAUUGGUGCUUAUGGGCCUGAAAAGAAAACAACUUUAAUAAAAAAAGCUAAUCUUCAGAUUGAGGAUCAGGAGGAAGAGCAAGAAACUAAAUGGAAAAAGAAUGAUGGAGGAAAGAAGACUCGUUACUACUAUAAAAGCGUUGAUGAUGUCAUAGAAAAAGGUAAACGUCCUGGAGCUAAUAGAAAUUUGGGACCGGCAAGUGAGCUGUCUAAGGUAAAAGUAAUCGACAUGACGGGGCCUCAACAAAGAGUUCUCAGCGGAUAUCACGCAUUGAGUGGUUUAAAAGCACCUCCCGGAGUGGAAAGAUUCGAAGAUGUUGUUCACAAGAAAUGCACCAAUUUUACUCUUCCAGAAAUACAACAUAAUUUGGAUUUAUUAGUUGAUAUGUGCGAGCAGGAUAUUAUUAGAAUUGAUAGAAACACAAGAAACAAUCAAGAUAAACUCCAAUUUCUUAAACAAGAUGAAAUUAAUGUGAAGAACACUUUGAUUAAAGAAGAAGAAACUGCUGAAACUUUAAGUGAAGUUUUAGAAAUAGUCAACAAACUUAUGGAUACAUCUUUAGGGUUAUCACUUGGUCAAGUUGCUGGUAUUUUUAAACAAUUACAGAACGCCAAAAAACGCAUCAAUUUCGUGGUGGUGAAUCGUUUUGUGAAUAUUUUCUUGGCGUUUUAUCGAUUGAGGGGUUGUUUUAGUGCCAUCAUGUCGGAGGAGGAAAUAGAGAAGUUUGAGAUAACCGAUUUCGACAUAGAAAAUGAGUUCAACAUAAACCGUUCGCGACGGAAACAAACCAAACAACAACAAAUUUAUGGAAUUUGGGCUGAUGAUAGUGAUGAAGAAGAAGAUGCGAGACCUUCUUUUAAAUCUAAAGCUCAAAAAAGCUAUUCUGCACCUAUCGGAUUUGUUGCAGGUGGGGUUCAACAAUCUGGUAAGAAAAAAGAGGAAAUGAUUAAAAAAGAGGGUGAUGGUUCUGAUGAUGAUGAGGCGGGAACUUCUUAUGGUGUUAAAAAUAGUAGUAGUGAAUCAGAAGAAGAGGGAUUUUCGAAGAGAGGUUUUGGAUCUUCAAAAAAACAACCAACACAAGCGACUGUAACUGAAAUAACAGCCGAUAUCGCCGGAUUAAGAAGUAAAAAGGGUUUUGUUAAUAAUAAGAUGAAAAAUGAAGGAGUUGGAAAUUGGGAGAAACAUACAAAAGGAAUUGGGGCUAAAUUAUUACUUCAAAUGGGUUUUAAACCAGGGAAAGGUCUUGGGAAGGAUUUGCAAGGUAUUUCAACUCCUGUUGAAGCACAUUUAAGAAAAGGUAGAGGAGCUAUUGGUGCUUAUGGGCCUGAAAAGAAAACAACUUUAAUAAAAAAAGCUAAUCUUCAGAUUGAGGAUCAGGAGGAAGAGCAAGAAACUAAAUGGAAAAAGAAUGAUGGAGGAAAGAAGACUCGUUACUACUAUAAAAGCGUUGAUGAUGUCAUAGAAAAAGGUAAACGUCCUGGAGCUAAUAGAAAUUUGGGACCGGCAAGUGAGCUGUCUAAGGUAAAAGUAAUCGACAUGACGGGGCCUCAACAAAGAGUUCUCAGCGGAUAUCACGCAUUGAGUGGUUUAAAAGCACCUCCCGGAGUGGAAAGAUUCGAAGAUGUUGUUCACAAGAAAUGCACCAAUUUUACUCUUCCAGAAAUACAACAUAAUUUGGAUUUAUUAGUUGAUAUGUGCGAGCAGGAUAUUAUUAGAAUUGAUAGAAACACAAGAAACAAUCAAGAUAAACUCCAAUUUCUUAAACAAGAUGAAAUUAAUGUGAAGAACACUUUGAUUAAAGAAGAAGAAACUGCUGAAACUUUAAGUGAAGUUUUAGAAAUAGUCAACAAACUUAUGGAUACAUCUUUAGGGUUAUCACUUGGUCAAGUUGCUGGUAUUUUUAAACAAUUACAGGAACGACAUAUUGAUGAAUAUUGUCAAUAUGGAUUAGGUGAAUUAGCUCCAGGUUUAGUAGGUCCAUUAUUAACAUCAGCUUUGGCAAGUUGGCAACCUUUAAGUUCACCAAGACAAUACACGGACCUGUUUAGGCAAUGGAAGGAGAUAUUGGAAAAGCCGCUUCAACGUGGGACCCUUGAAGGUAAUUGUAUGGGAAUUCAGCCAUUUGAUAGUCUCUUAUGGCACACGUGGGUUCCUGUUGUCAGAUCAUGCAUUAGUGUUUGGAGGGCUAGAGAUUGCGACCCAUUAAUUUAUUUAUUGGAAGCGUGGAAACCAUUACUUCCAGUCUGGUUGAUGGAUAACGUUUUGGAUCAAUAUGUUAUGCCGAAAUUAAUAGCUGAAGUUCAAAGUUGGGAUCCGUUAACUGAUACUGUUCCAAUUCAUACUUGGGUACAUCCUUGGAUACCUUUAUUAGAUGUUAAAUUACAAGAUAAAAUUUAUCCAAUAAUCCAAGAAAAAUUAGGAGUUUGUUUAGCAAAUUGGCACCCUUCUGAUAGAUCUGCUAAACCAAUGUUAAAACCAUGGCAAAGAGUACUUCCAGAAGGAUCUUUCGUCGCCUUUUUAUUAAAACAUAUAGUUCCAAAAUUACAACUAUGUAUGCAACAAUUUAUUAUUUAUCCCCAUCAACAACCAUUAGAACCAUGGCAUUGGGUUAUGGAUUGGAGCGAUAUGCUUUCAGUAGGGAACAUGACUUUAAUUUUAGAUAAAUUUUUCUUUCCACGUUGGCUUCAAACUCUAGCAAUGUGGUUAAAUCAAAACCCAGAUUAUGCUCAAGUAACCGAUUGGUAUUCAGGGUGGAAAAGAAUGAUGUCCGAUCAAUUAUUAAAACAACCAACCAUAAAAGAUAAUUUUCAUAAAGCUUUAGAAAUAAUGAAUAGAGCCGCUUCGUCGGGGCACCAACCUGGGGCUAAAGAAUCCGUGUCUUAUUUAGCAAAUAUAGAAACAAAUAUACCUUUAGCACCUCCCCCACCGAAAAUAUCGUCGUUUGCAGAAACCGUUAGGACAGCUAGCCAAAUUCCUCAAGGUUUUAAAGAUUUAGUGGCGAAAAGAUGCGAAGAAAAAGGGAUUUUGUUUGUUCCUAUUCCUAAUAAAUAUCACGAAGCUAAACAAGUUUAUCGAUUAGGAUCUAAUGGAGUACAAUGUUAUAUUGAUAGAAACGUUGUUUUUUAUACUCAAAAUAAUUCCACUUGGUUACCAACUUCAUUAAAUCGAUUGUUAGAUAUGGCGUGAAGAAUAAAUAAGUUAAUUGCUCAGUUUUAAUCCGGAUUAAAAUAUAUUUAAAAAUAAGUGAAUUACAUUUAAUUAUUGUAUAGUUAGUUUAUUUACUAUGUUUAUAAGCGAUAAAUUAAUGACGUUUUACUUAACUACUAAUAAAUAUAAAUAGACUUGUAACAUUUCGA